AUGUCUUCUCCAAGAAGUGUGCUUAUCACUGGUGCCAACCGAGGAAUCGGACUGGGACUCGUUCAGCAGUUGGUUAAAGAUGAGAGCAUCCAGCACAUCAUCGCCACUGCCAGAGACCUCCAAAAGGCCACCGUGAGUUGUUGCUUCUCAUUUUCAAAAAAAAAAGCAUUUCCGGUUGCAGGAGCUGAAGGCGAUCAAAGACCCGCGAAUUCAUCUGCUUCCCCUCGAAGUCACUUCUGACGAAUCCAUCGAUAAUCUCGUGGUUGAAGUGGGAAAAAUUGUGGGUGCGGAGGGACUGAAUCUUCUGAUUAACAACGCUGGCGUUCUGCUCAAGUACAAUAGUCCUUUGGUUGGUUGAUUUUAGAAGAAACAUUUGAGUUCUCGUUUAUUUCAGGAGCCGAAUCGUGCUCUGCUCACGGAGCAACUGAGUGUGAACACUGUGAGCGUGGUGAUUCUGAGCCAGAAGUUCCUUCCACUUCUGACGAAGGCGGCGUCUCGAGUGUCCGGAGACUCACUUUCCGUCUCCCGGGCUGCCAUCGUCAACAUUUCGUCGGGACUCGGAAGCAUCGGCGCGAAUACCAUCGGAUCUGGAUGGUUCCAGGGACUCGGCUACAGAAUGAGCAAGUCGGCUAUCAACCAAUUCUCGAGGACUUUUUCCGUCGAUGUGAAGGAUAUGCACAUUUUGGUCGUCAGCUUCGCUCCGGGAUGGAUCCAGACGGAUUUGGGAGGGCCUAACGCCACUUUCACGGUGGAACAGGCGACGAGCGAACUGGCCGUCGCUUUCAACAAACUCGACAAUUCGCACAAUGGGGGCUUCCUGAACCGAGAUCUUACUCCGUUUGAAUUCUGA